AGAGUUGCCCCUGUGACCCUGGCGGAGAACCCCUGGGCCUCUGGAGUUUUAGUGACAGGUGAGGGGAGGAAGGCAGUGUCUGCGGAAGGACUAUGUAAGAACCCUUCCGUCCGCCCCAAGCCCGGGCGAGAAUCUGAGUUGUUCUCGUGGGUCACCCCCGUUCCGUGGACCCGGGACCUUCUCGCCUCAGGGGCUGUGUGAAGAUGGUGAAGAGUGGCCGCCUAGGCGCGCCGGUCUGCGAAGCCCACGGGCACGAGGAGGCAGGCGUGUGCGUUUGCGCGCCGCUCUGGGCAGGGCGGGACGGGGCGUCUCCCGCCGCUCGCUGGAGGCGGGGCCUGGGCCGGUGCACAGCGCCCGCGGGCUGACCUCGUUGAACGCCGGCCCGUGACGUCACCCCGCCGUGACGCGUACGCAGUAGGAAAACUAUAAAGAUGAAUGUCAUGCAUCAUCCAAUAUGAAUGCUUUGGAAGUAAGAAGACACUUGCUAAAUCAGCUUACUUCAUCCUGGCAACUUCAGCAGUAAUUUCAGCCAGUUUGCAUUUAAUGGAAGAAGACCAUUGUCUGCUCAUGUACAUGUCUAAUUCAUAAUAGUUUAUAUUCUUUAAAGUCGAUUUGUCAAAUAUAUUUGAAUGAUGACUCUCCAAGGCCCUUGGAGUAAUGGGAUCAAGACAGAUGUGAACCCUGCCCUUGUAGAGUCUUGAGUCUGCUGAGGAAGAUACACAUUAAAUUACAUCAAUAUAAGUAUGAUCUGUAUUGGGAGAAGAGAACUAAACCGUACAAGGGCGAUAUAGCAUCUCAGAACUUCAGCUCAUCUGGAAAGUUACUGUUCGAGUCAUAUACAUCAUAAUGCGGAAUUCUUCAUCAGUACCACCAAAAGACGAAGAUGAAUCAAACAUUCCUUCUGGAACAGCACAGAGUGGGAAAAGUUUACAGAAUAAGAGUCAGUUUAGGACCAUCGCACCAAAAAUUGUGCCUAAAUUCUUAACAUCCAGAAUGAUACCCUGUCCUUCCUCACUUUCUGACCAAGGGAGUCUGGCUCUAACCUCCAAGCCCCUGGGCAUACCCACCCAGAACUAUGCUCUGAUGCAGGUGGCUGGCCAGGAGGGGACGUUUUCUCUUUUUGCUUUGCCAAAUGUUGCCUCAGCUCAGCCAGUUCAGAAGCCCAGAUUGUCCCUGCAUGAAAACCUUAAACUGCCUAUUCCUCGAUACCAACCACUAAGUAACAAAGGGUUAAGAAAGAAAGAGGACCUGAACUCUCCCAAGAGUGGCUGGAAUGAACCUCCUGGACCACCGCAGACAUGCCAAAUGUCCCCUUCCCCACAAGCCCGUCCUGAACUGCCUCACAAGACCAGCCCAUUGAAGCCAAUGCCCACUUUAAACCCUUACCCCACCAUCAAGACAGCUGCACUGACCAGUAGUAUUGGCUCAGGAGAUUUGAAUUCUCUAGUGACCAACAGUUGUGGAGACCUGAAGCUUCCUGCCAUCCCAGCGUGCUCUACAGAGGAUUCCUCUUUUCCACAGAAGCUCUCAGCAAUCCUGCAGAAGGCAGACUGUGCCAGGAAGGAGGCACCCACUAAUCCUGCUGUUGCUGGUGAAGAGCUUAAAGAACAGGUGGCUCCUGCAUGCACUGUCCUCAGCAGUGUGAUUCAGUUGGUCUCUUUAGUACCGAAGGGGAAACUGCCCAUCCUACCCUUCUCAAGAAUGAAGGCCACAGAGGUGGACAAAGUGGAAUCAGAUGCUGAUUAUGCCAAAUUAUCUUCAUCUGGAUGCAGGGCACACUGUGAUGAGAGACUGUCCAUCACAGAAAGGUUUGAUGCGGCCACCACAUUACCCAGCAAGAUGACCGCUCUGCAUGGGCCAAACCAGAGUGCUUAUGAAAGUGCCUUCUCUCCUGUCACCAAAUUAGAUCUCAGCCACAAAGUAAAACCCAGUAGUGGGGCACCAAAGAGAAGAGGGAGAAAAUGGAAAGUGCCAGAUGAGAUUUUAGCAUUGCAGGGCAAGAGGAGGAAAUACAUUAUUGGUCUGUGUGAAGAUGAUGCAGAAACGGGGAGAAGCAGUCCCCAAGAACCCAGAGACCAGAAGCCCAAGGCUGCUUCGAGAAAAUAUCGUAGUAUCAUGCCUAAACCUGUGAUCGUCAUGUCUGCUUGGGCACCCCUGGUGUCUUCUGCAGCUGCCCUGCAGUCCCCAGCUCCCAGCAGCCUCAGUCAGGGUGUUCUACUGAACAAUGCACUGCCUCCAAGAUGUCUUGGCUCCAAGCAAAGUGACAGCCCUGCCCCUAAGCCCAGUUCUGUGCUCAGAAACGGAUUCUCUGGCAUUAAGAAGCCCUGGCACAUGUGUCCCGUCUGUAACCACCACUUCCAGUUCAAACACCACCUUCUAGACCACAUGAAUACACACACCAACAGACGGCCUUACAGUUGUGGGAUCUGUCGUAAAGCCUACGUCCGUCCCGGCAGCCUGAGCGCACAUAUGAAACUUCACCAUGGGGAAAAUCGCCCUAAGAAACUAGUGUGCUGUGAGUUUUGUGCAAAAGUGUUUGGUCAUGUCCGAGUCUAUUUCGGCCAUCUGAAGGAGGUGCACAGGGUUGUGAUCAGCACAGAGCCCUCCUCCAGUGAACUGCAGGCAGGAGACACACCAAGGAGCAAGGACAGAGAUGCCUGUGUGCAAGCACCCGACGGCCCACUGGUGAGGGAAACCAAGUCAAGUUUGGAAGAAGAUUUCCUUCUCAACCAGGCAGAUGAAGUCAAGUUGCAAAUCAGAUGUGCCCGUUGUCAGAUCACUGCUCAGUCUUUUGCUGAAAUUAAGUUCCAUUUGCUUCACGUUCAUGGGGAAGAGGUCCAGGGCCGGCUUCAAGAGGUGUUCUCACCAGGCAGCAGGGCAGGUGCUCCCCACCAGAAGCAGCACACUGAGAAAAGGAAGGAAGUGAAGCCUUGUGCCUCUGCAGAGGACUCCCCAGGAUUUCCUAAUGUGAAAAUUCAGCCACCCCCUCCUCAGAGCAGGGAGGAGCUGUGGGCAGAAAGUGAAAGUGCCCAGUGGGGAAUGAACAGCCCACAGCCCCCCACCAGGCUUCUCUGGUCCCAUUCAGGCUUUAACUGCCUGCUCUGUGCCCAGAUACUGGGGAGGAAGGAAGACCUGCUUCUCCACUGGGUACACCAGCACAACUGUGAGGAGCCUGCCAGACUCUGGGCUCUCCUGGGUGUAUUCUCUCACCAGGGGGCUCCUGAGUUCCCCAGUGAAGUAAGGCAGUGACAUUGAGGCCACCCAGCUGCAGAGGUGUCACACUAUGGCCUUUCUGUCAUGUUCUGUUCCUGUUAGAUUUAAUUAUAAGGAUCCAGUAUUCCAGGGCCAGCACCAAUGUCCAGAGGUAAUUUUUGUGCAUGGUUUUAUUUUCUUAAGAAAUGAAGGAUGUGCCCUGGAUGCAUUUUCUAACAUAUAUUGUCUCACCUUAAAACUCCAUUCAUUCUCUAAUAUCGUAGACUUUAUCUCAUAAUAA